AACUUUUUACGGGAAAAAAUUCCGUGAGACGUGAACUGUGUAGGGUGAGAGAUGGCUACCUUGUCUCUGCAACUCCCUCUCUUCUCUCUGCUGAGAAGAGCCUCGAAAACGGUGAAACGCUUCCAUUGCCGCUCAUCCUCAACUCAACCGUUAAGUUCAACCGCCCAAUCACGCGUAUGGCACCCUCUUCGGAAGAAAAAAGUUGUUAUGAGAGUUGGUUAUGUCGGCACCAAUUACCGAGGCCUGCAAAUGCAGCGAGAUGAAUGUUCACCACUAUCAACCAUUGAAAAGGAGCUGGAAACUGCUAUAUACAAGGCCGGUGGCAUCCAUGACAAUAAUUUCGGGAAUCUGGAGAAGAUUGCGUGGGCCAGAAGUAGCCGAACUGACAAAGGGGUUCACUCUCUGGCAACAAUGAUAUCCUUUAAAAUGGAAAUCCCAGAAAACCCUUGGGAUGAAGAUCCUUAUGGUUUUUUGCUUGCAGAUUAUAUUAACUAUUAUCUUCCUCGUGAUAUCAAAGUUUUUAGUAUUUUGCCUGCGCAACGGAGUCUUGAUCCGAUUCUUAAUGAAUUUGAGGGGGAGCAUCCUUUCCAUAACUAUACAGCUAGGUCCAAAUACAGAAAAAAGUUCCCACAUAGGCAAUCAUUGUCAACAAGUGCAAGUUUAACAGCCUCCGAGUCAGAAAAUGAGGAUAUUGAUGAGGAAGUCACUGGCAUUAUUGAUAAGAGUGGAAAUGGUUCACAUGAUCAACAUCCUCAAUCAGUUAUUCUUGCAAAAUGGUUAUAUGAACCUGAGGAAGCAGAUAGAUUAAGUUCUUCCCAUUUCAGAAAAGUUUUUCAGUGUUCUUGUGGCAAGCUAGAAAAAUCGCUAGGAUAUAGUUACAUCGAGAUAUCCAUACAGGGAGAGUCCUUUAUGUUGCAUCAGAUAAGAAAAAUGCUUGGGACAGCUGUGGCGGUAAAACGCAGGUUACUCCCCAGAGACAUUCUAAUGCUUUCUCUCACAAAGUUCUCCCGGAUUAUUCUGCCGCUUGCACCAUCAGAAGUUCUGAUUUUAAGGGGAAACAAAUUCGCUGUAAGAAAAAGACCAGGAUACACAAGGCCUGAAAUGCUGAAAUUAGUUCAAUCAGAGCAAAUCAAUAAGGCAGUUGAAGAAUUCUAUACAUCAGUUAUGUUACCUGAAGUCUCCCAAUUUUUGGACCCGUCAAAACCUCCUUGGAAAGAAUGGGUUGAGUUAUUGGAUGCUAACACAGGCAUACCGAACAAUCAGUUGGACAACGUCAAGAAUGGUUGGAAAUCGUGGAAAGAAAAAUUAGAAAGUAAAAGAGCUUGAGCUUAAGAUGUAAAGAUCCAUGGCUUCCUCUGCUACCAGCACGCCUGAAGCUACCAACAAUUCUAAUACAUCAAACACUCUACUUCCCUCAACAACCGUUUAAUCCAAUCGGGGACAAGCCCAGUGAAAACAACCGCCGGACAUGGCAACAGCAAUCCUUUGCUGCAUUCGUGGAUUUGGAUGAAGAUUGAGGAUUAUUUCUCAAAAUCAAUAAAAUGUAAAAUCAAGCAACUCAAAUCUCAAUUGAAGUUUAUCAAGAGGGUCUUUCAGCUUCAGAGUACAUUUUCAAGGACAAUGCUGGCUCAAAUAGCAAUGUUGUGAAGAAUUUGGCUUAAAUGGAUGGCCAUUGAAUAGUUGAAUACCCAUGAAAAUGAUUCCUCAGGAAUCCAUCAAGUGCCAUAUGACAACUUCAUGGGCUAGUUAAAGAAACAUCAAUUCAGGUUCCACAAGCUGCUUCAAAUCAGGGACAGACAUAGGAGGGGCGAAUGGCGGCCUCGGCCCCCCCAACUUAUUUUUUUAAUAGUAAUAAGUUAUCAUGUGUAAU